GGCGGAGAGCAGGCUGCGUCCCGCCGGGGUUGCGGGGUGAGCUGGGAAACGCACCUUAGCCCCGGGCUGGACCUGGACGCGUCGGGCUGCGUCCAGCUGUGCGCUGUUCGGGGUCUAAGGGCGGGCUCCGAGCUCUAAAUUCUCCCACUUUUGCAAAGUGCCAACUUCCGCUUCCAGUAGCUGGGGUUAUAACCUCCUUCUCCGACCUAGCCUCGCCCCAGGAAAAGUUGGGUUUAAAUUGGAAAGGUGGAAGUUGGUAUUGGCAGAAAUUGCAACCCUGAAUUGUGUUCUAUCACAUUUUUUAUAUCCGUUAGCAGUGAUUUUGCUAAUCACAAGAAAGUCUGGGCUGGGGCAUUAAAAAGAGAAAACUUAGGGCUUUUAUGGCAAACAGGCUGAGUAGUCCAUAUGUGUGGGAUGAAAUCUAAAAAUGUAUGUAAUUAAUAAUAGGGGUUUUUUUAAUUAAAAAAAAAGCAUUAAACUAGAACAGCAGUCAGGGAACACAGUGGUUGGAUAAAAGUGAGUUAAGAAGAAGAAAUUUUUGUUUCAAUGACUUUUUGUGCUAGCCUAAAUUUUCACGAUGUUUACAAAGUCAAGACAGUGAUUCAGGGAUACUUCAAUUAUUGUCAAACAUUAUAAACACGAUCGCUGGGCAAGAUCUGAGGUUCUCUGGUCAGCAAGUUCUGGCAAUGCAGCCACUGCUGCAAAGAACUCUGGGAUGUCUGACAGUGACAUGGAUGGAUGGACCCACAUUCUUUCUCUGCUUAAUGUCCUUUUGUCCAGAAAUCGAGUCAUGCAAAUGAGCUACUUGAAAAGUAAAGAAAAAGGAUAUGGAAAACUAAGCAGUGAUGAAGACCUCGAAAUAAUUGUUGAUCAAAAGCAGGGAAAAGGCUCUAGGGCGGCAGAUAAGGCUGUUGCCAUGGUGAUGAAGGAGAUACCGAGGGAGGAGUCUGCCGAAGAAAAGCCCCUCCUUACUAUGACAUCACAGCUGGUGAAUGAACAGCAAGAAAGCAGACCCCUCCUGAGUCCCUCCAUCGACGACUUUCUCUGUGAAACCAAAUCGGAGGCAAUAGCAAGGCCAGUAACAUCCAACACAGCCGUACUGACCACAGGCUUAGAUCUCCUUGACCUGAGUGAACCCGUCUCGCAAACCCAAACCAAAGCCAAGAAGUUGGAAGCCUCAUCGAAAACCUCGUCACUCAAGAAGAAGGCUGAUGGAUCCGACCUCGUCGGUGCAGAUGCCGAGCAGAGAGGCCAGCAGCCUCUUCGAGGGCCGGAGGCGUCAUCCUUAGAUUUAGACAUUCAAACACAGCUGGAAAAAUGGGACGAUGUUAAGUUUCACGGAGAUCGCAGUAGCAAGGGUCAUCCAAUGGCGGAGAGAAAAUCAUGCUCAUCGAGAGCUGGAUCGAAAGAGCUUUUAUGGUCCUCAGAACACAGAUCUCAGCCUGAACUGAGUGCCGGGAAAAGCGCCCUGAACUCCGAGUCAGCGUCAGAGCUGGAAUUAGUGCCCCCAGCACAGGCUCGCCUGACCAAAGAGCAACGCUGGGGAAGUGCAUUGCUCUCCAGAAACCACUCCUUAGAAGAGGAAUUUGAAAGGGCAAAAGCAGCAGUGGAGUCAGAUACGGAGUUUUGGGAUAAGAUGCAAGCAGAAUGGGAAGAAAUGGCCCGGAGGAACUGGAUAUCCGAGAACCAAGAAGCGCAGAGCCAAGUUACCGUCUCAGCCAGCGAGAAGGGCUAUUACUUCCACACUGAAAACCCCUUCAAGGACUGGCCAGGCGCAUUCGAAGAAGGCUUAAAGCGGCUGAAGGAAGGGGACCUGCCAGUCACCAUCCUGUUCAUGGAGGCGGCGAUUCUUCAGGACCCUGGAGAUGCAGAGGCGUGGCAGUUCCUCGGGAUAACUCAGGCGGAGAAUGAAAAUGAGCAGGCAGCGAUUGUCGCCCUCCAGAGGUGCUUAGAACUGCAGCCUAACAACUUGAAAGCUUUGAUGGCUUUGGCCGUGAGUUACACGAACACCGGCCAUCAGCAGGAUGCCUGUGAAGCCCUCAAGAAUUGGAUUAGGCAAAAUCCAAAGUACAAAUACCUUGUGAAGAGCAAGAAGGGAUCUCCAGGCCUCACCCGGAGGAUGUCUAAGUCUCCGGUUGAUAGCUCUGUUCUGGAAGGAGUGAAGGAGUUAUAUCUGGAAGCUGCCCACCAAAAUGGAGAUCUGAUCGACCCAGACCUGCAGACAGGUUUGGGGGUACUGUUCCACCUGAGCGGAGAAUUUAAUAGAGCAAUCGAUGCAUUUAACGCUGCCUUAACCGUUCGGCCAGAGGACUAUUCCUUGUGGAACCGCCUGGGGGCGACCUUGGCGAACGGAGACCGCAGCGAGGAGGCGGUGGAGGCCUACACGCGCGCGCUGGAGCUGCAGCCCGGCUUCAUCCGCUCCCGGUACAACCUGGGCAUCAGCUGCAUCAACCUGGGCGCCUACAGAGAAGCGGUCAGCAAUUUUCUCACUGCCCUCAGUCUGCAGAGAAAGAGCCGGAACCAACAGCAAGUUCCUCACCCUGCCAUCUCCGGGAACAUCUGGGCUGCCCUCAGAAUCGCACUUUCUCUGAUGGACCAACCGGAGCUCUUCCAGGCGGCUAACCUCGGGGACCUGGAUGUCCUCCUGAGAGCUUUCAACUUGGAUCCUUGAAGGAAAAGAGAGAAAGAAUCAACAAUAAUCCCUGUCUGUAUAUGUGUACUGAGAAAUGCAAACCUAUUUUAUUAUGAAUUCCAAAAAGAUGAAACCAGAUGUUCAAAAGGCCAUGGUGAUAAAAGCUGAGGGAAUUCUUACAGACAACGCCCAGUCUCUGUUCAGACCAAAAGCACAAAAUGUUAUAUAGAGAGUCAAGGUCGGGCUCAAAAGACGUAUCAAGAGGCUCAAGACAAACCAAGAUAGAGUAGCUAUGUGAAUAUUCUUUCCACAAGCCGCAAGCCCAUCGCAAGACAUCUUCGGGUUUUGGUCCCCACUUGCGGCUGAUGACACAUCUAAGGAACUUGCUCGUGGAACACCUGGAGGAAGCACUGCCUCAGAUCGGGGAAUUCUGACACUUUCUAAACUAUCCCCUGAAAUGCUCCCUUUUAGAAGAUUGAACAUAGUUUGGGCCAAGGUGCAUGCACAAAUAUUAACUCGACUAAAGAGAGGCAUUGCUUAAACCUUUCCGAUUUUAACUUCUACUGUAGCUCUUUGAUUCCAGGGAAGGAGCUUUGCUGGCAAAAGCAGUUUUUGCACUAGAAAUUUUUUGCUGUUCCCAAUCAAAACUUUUCUGGGACUGUAUAUAUGCACUUUAAUAUCUUAUUUAUGCCUUGCUGGAGUUUUGUUUUGUUGCUCCAAUUUUUAACUUGGGGGUAAAGGAUUUGAGAACUCAGCCUUGUUAGAUCAAUGGACCAAAUAAAAAUUCCUGAAAAUAGUUUUUCACAGUG